GUUCCGUGAAGGGAGCAUUUUCCCCGCAUCCACCUACCAGCUUCAGCUAACAACACCGAGACAGAGCGCUGUGUUCGAGGGAGAUGUCGACGCGUUGUUCUCCGGUGAAUGUCGAAAACGCCAGAUGAGAAUCGAAGUGUCCGCACAGUGAAACGUCUGUCCCGGGACUCCUGAAGGAUCCGGAACUGUUUUUGGGUGUAAGAGCUAGCGGAGCUAACCCCGGCUAACCGCAGACUGACAGGUGCACCAUCCGCGGAGUUCAGAUUUGAGACGUUUAAGCCUCGCCUUCUUGUCCGGAUUAGGAGUUUUACACCUGGAAACAAGAGUUUCAUCUUGGUACAAAGGCAUUUUAUACACGCAUACUAUCAAGAAAGCUGACAUCUGCAGGAGGAAACCUACAGCCUCUUUUACUUCUCCACCUUCGUUUUCCUCUAUUCUAUUGUUCACUCUUUUGUAAUUCCUCAUUUCACUCUCUCUGUUUGCUGUCCCUGCUCUUCCGUCUCGUCUCCCACCCUCGAGAAACGCUGCUGACAUGGCCUCGGCCAACUCUGAGUCCAGCGUCCUGCAGGAGGAGCUCACCUGCCCCGUGUGUCUGGACCUCUUCCGUGACCCCCACUUGCUUCCCUGCGGCCACAACUUCUGCAAAACCUGCCUCAAUCACCUCAAGCGGCAAGCGGAGCGGGGUCGCCUGCGCUGCCCAGAGUGCCGCGACAGCCACCGGUGCAGCACCAGCUUUCAGAAGAAUUUCAAACUAGCCAAUAUCGCUGACGACUACCGCCAGAGGCGUAGAGCAACCACUGCUGCCGCGACACGUUUGAAGUCCAGGGAAUCGCCGUUGUCUUUUGUGGCGGCGCAGAAAUCGGGGAGUGUCUUUUCUGUUCCGUGUGACUACUGCCCCUCAGUGACUGCUGAGGCACCGUCAUCCUCUUCUGCUUCUCACAGUGGAGGGGACGAAACUGCUGCUACUGCUGCUGCCGCCGCCGUGUCGCAAUUUGCGGUCAAGACAUGCCUGAAAUGCGAGGUGUCCAUGUGCCAGGAGCACGUGAAGCCGCACCUGGAGCUCCCGGCGUUCUGUGAGCAUCCGCUAAUGGACCCCAUAGACGACUUCUGGAAGAGGAAGUGCCUGGCGCAUGAUGAAAUAUACAGAUACUACUGCAUGGACUGCAAGGUGUGCGUGUGCAACGCCUGCACCAUAGAAGGAGACCACUCGGGACACACGAUGAAGACACUGAAGAACACGAUGAAAGAUCUCAAGGGAAUUCUGGACAAACAGCUGUACAGAGUUGAGAGGAAGUUCAGUCUGGCAGAGAAAAAACUCCAGGAGCAGAGGCAGAAGGAGAGACAGAACAAGAAGUUCUUGGACGACUCGGAGCAGUGCUUGAACAACCUGGGUGACGAGAUGGAGGCCAAAGUGCUCGGCUUCGUCACCAGGUUGCGAGAUUGCACGCGCACCCACGGCGACACCAACGGCCUGGCCAUCCAGAAGAACAUCUUCAGGAUCUGCCAGGACCAGGCUCGCCUCCAGGAGGCCCGCUGUGGCAUCGAGAGCCUCAUGCAGGAGAGCGACCCUUUCCGCUUCAUCCAGGCUUACAAGACGACGGGAAAACAGUGCCGCAGGCAGUUACGGAAAAAUAUGUUCUACCCAGAAUACGUGGACAUGGAGACGGAGGUUCUCGGCGCAAUGAUGGAUGACGAAAUUACGAAAUUCCUCAACGAGGAUCUUCAUCGCCACAUUGUCGCUGCCUUAAAGGACAUGUGCGAUCUGACGGAUCAUGAGGAAGAGGAGCAGGAGGACAACGAAGAAGACGCCGGGGAGGAGGACGAGGAUGAGGACGAAGACGACCUCAGCGACAGCAGCGAGGACGAGAUGAGGAGCGAGGGUGAGGAAGAGGAGGAGGAGGAGGACGAGGAGGAGGAAGGACACGACCAGAGCGAUGGGGCGGACGACCUGUACAGUCCAGAGGAGGAGGUGGAGAGUGAGGACGAAGAAGACGAGGACAGAGAGGAG